GCGCUGCCCCCUUGCCUGUUGGAGCAUCUGCUGCGCAGCGGCGGGAGCUGGUGUAAGUAUUGCACCCAAAACAGACACGUGUUACGCAUGUCACCAGCCCGGCCAUAUGGCAAGAGACUGCCCCCAGCGGCAGGUAUGGAUAGGAGCAGCCCCAGCGGCGGCAGCUCCCCUGGCUAACGGACCAGGACGGGUAGGGACGAUGGUAGAAGAAACCGACGGGUUAGUGUCUGCAGCGGUUGUCGCUGAAGAGGCCGCAAAGCUUAUCCCGCUCGAUCAGUUUAUAUCCUUGGGAUAUCCGGGGUUGGGCAUGAUUGGGGCAAUCCAGCCGGCGGACGAAGACCGAGAGGUCUCGGAAUGGAGACCAUCCCCCAGUGAAAUGGAGUCCGGUCCCUCGUUCAUUACCGGGGAGAUUGAUGUGCUCGAUAUCGUUCGAGCACUAGAUCACCGCAUCCCACUCCCGAUCAGACACCUUUUGUCUAUAUCGGGACAAGCUAACUAUCGCAUGCUGCAGCACUGUAAAGCCAAUCGAAAACGGUUCGCACUCGCCAAGCUGACAACGAUCGCGUUGGAAAAAAGCGAAUUUUUUCUGCCCGAGAUCUCGUUCCUUGGGUACGUGGUAACCCGGGGAAGCUUGAGACCGGAUUCGAGGAAAGUCGAGGCAGUUUGGGAGGCACCCAUGCCUAAGUCACUGACGCAGGUUCGAGCCUUUCUGGGACUGGCCUCAUAUUACCGACAGUUCAUCAAGGGAUUCGCGCCAAUUGCUCGGCCUCUAACGAGUCUCCUACGGAAGGACCAGCCGUUGAAUUGGGAGGCGGAGUGUGAACGGGCUUUUUCCACUCUGAAAGAGGCCCUGGCCUCGGCGCCUAUUUCAAUUCGGCCCGAUCCCGAGCGACAGUUCCUACUCAUUACCGAUUGGCAGCCCGGAGCAAUCUCCGCUAUCCUGGCUCAGAAAGGAAAGGACGAGCGAGAACACGUGGUCGAGUAUGCCUCUCGGACGAUACCAGACGAAAGGAAGAAUGACUCGGCGCCCCAAGGGGAGUGUUAUGCUGUAGUCUGGGGAAUCCAGCACUUCCACCCGUAUCUCUAUGGGCAGAAGUUCCUCCUCGUAACGGAUCACGAGCCCCUGCUGGCACUCGAGAAACUCACCAACUACACUGAUAUGAUUGGGCGAUGGGCAGUAAGGUUGCAUGAGUACGAGUUUGACAUCGUCCAUCGGAAGACGGAGAGGCACGGGAAUGCGGACGGGCUAAUACAUCUGCACAGGCCAGGCAAGGUGCCGCGUUGCGAGGAGAUCACCCCAUGGAAGGAGCCGGAGCUGCCCAAGGGGCCCGGAUACGGUCAAGUGAAGAUCGAACUGAAGUGGACCCAGGACAACAAGCAUAACGUCGUGAGCGAAGACGUGGAAUUGCUCAUCAUUCAAGCUUGGAGGACGGAGGUAGAGGGAGAUCUGUUGGGAUUCGUCUUCGGAACGGUGGAGGCAGGACAUCGGCAGCCGAUCGUAGGAGAGUUUUUAAUCCUCCUAACGCAGUUGCUGGACGAUCUACCGAUCGACAUCAUCUCGCACUGCGACGAGAGUCCGGCGCCGCAUAUUCUUUCACGCAGCUUGAUGUCGUACCUACAGUGGUCGGCGUGCUUGGAGGGCCAUUGGGACAACCGUAAUUACCUGUCGCACGAUAAUUACCUGAACCCCGUGGAGAUAAUCAAUAUUCUCUUUUUUGAUUGGGGCAAGCCGACAUCGGAAGGCGAAGAGGAAGAAGACAAGGAGGAGGAGGACGAAUCGGAAGAAACCCCCGAGGAGGACAAAUAUUAUAGCAAGCAUAAAGAGCACGAGUUGGGGGCGAUAAGCGGAGAAGAAGAAGCAGAGGGAGCAAGUGAGGAGGAGGAGGUGGGACAGGCGGAGACGCAGAGAGAAGACCCUGCGGUAGCGUAGCGGAAGAGGGCAAAAAUAGCGGAGGGAAAGCAGCCAUUGGAGCAGUCUGUGGGAACCGAUCUGCCAAUUCC